AUGGCCGACACUGCACGGUCGGCGGUGGCAGCGGGGGUGGCGGAGGAGCUCCCCCUUUCUCUCCUGCCCGGCUUCCGGUUCUACCCGACGGACCAAGAGCUCGUCGUCUGCUUCCUCACCCGCAAGGUCCUCGGCCUCCGCAUGGAGCUCGACAUCAUCCCCAUGGUGGACCACUGUAGGUUCGAACCCCAUGAGCUACCAGCCAAGUCGUUCUCGCCGAGCACAGGCGACCCCGGGGCCAAAGUGGUGUGCUACUUUUUCGCGCCAAGGGGCCGAAAGUACCCAACCGGGCUUCGCAUAGACCGGGCAACAGUGAACGGGUUCUGGAAGUCCACCGGGAAAGACCGCCCCGUCAUGCAGAACGGCACCGUCGUCGGCAUGAAGAAGACGCUCGUGUUCCACGCCGGCCGUGCGCCUAAGGGCACGCGCACCGACUGGGUCAUGCACGAGUACCGCCUCCACGGCCACCACAUCCAGGAUAGAUACGCCUUGUGUCCGGUCUUCAACAAGAAGACAGUGACCCCAUCGACGGAUGUGUCCAGUGGUGCCGAUGUGGAUGAGGAUCCAAUGCACUUUGUGCCCGGCGGCUUUGACAUGAACCCAGAUCUGAUGGAGUACAUGUUUGACGGCACCAACUCUGGCAACGAUCCGAAGCAGUCCAUGCUUGGAGGCGUCAAGACGGACAAGUAUCCGAUGGAGUACAUGUCUUCCAGCACCAACUCGGACAAGAAUCCCAGGCAAUUCAUGCUUGGAAGAAUCGACUCAGAAUAUGAUCCGAUGAAAUCCGUGCUCCGUGCCAUCGGCACAGACAAUGAUCCCAUACAAGUUGAAUCCGAGUCAAACAGUCCAACUGCUAACAAUGAUCUGAUGCAUUUCUUGCUCGACGGCGUCGGCACUGACAAGGAUCACAUACAGGUCGAGUCCAACUCCGAUUAUGCUAUCGCGGGCAAUGGAGGGGUGCAAUUCCUAAGCGGUGGCGGCGACAAGGGCAAGGGACGGGAGCAGGUUGUCACUGAUCGCGACAUCACAGAAAAGGGAGGCACGAACUAUGUGACCGUUGACAUGGAAAAAGAAGACGCAGGCACGAACUAUGUGGAUGGAGUUUGUUAA